AUGCUCCAGGCCAUUGUCGAAGCUGUCCGCGGGGUCCCACCCUUGCCCGAAGAGAUUCGCCACGCCGGUGACAGCCCCGCCGUCAAGACACCCACAGUGUUAAUUAUCGGUGCUGGCAUUGGGGGUCUAGCGCUUGCCCAAGCUUUGCGCAAACAGGGAAUUUCUUACCAGAUUUUCGAACGGGACGCUUCCGCUGAAAUCCGUCCUCAAGGUUGGGCGCUUUCGAUGAACUGGAUUCUCGGAGAACUCCUUCCCGCUUUCUCCCUCGACCUUCCUCCGCUCGCCGCUACCGCCGUCGAGGCCGAGCUCGGCCUGACAUCCGAAUCCGCAUUUUACGAUGCCAACACCAAGGAAGUUCUUUGGCGCGGCGGGAACAACCCUCGUUCGUUCCUCCGUGUCAACCGCGCUGCCUUGAGGAGCUGGCUCAUGUCCCACAUCGAUGUGACAUGGGGAAAGCAGUUUUCCCGAUACGAAACCGAAUCGAAUGGGCUGGUUACUGCUCACUUCGAGGAUGGAACCACCGCCACUGGCCAUGUACUUGUCGGCGCUGACGGCGUCAGGAGCCGAGUGCGCGACCAAGUCCACGCCCCGUCCCCACCCCCACUCAGCUUCGUCCCCGUCGGCAUCCUCGUCGGCGAAUUCGACGUUCUCCCCGCCGAUUAUGACAAAUUCAUGGCGCUCGGCCGCUCAAGCUGUAUGGCGUACGGCAAAGAUCGCCGCCUGUUCAUCGCGCCGCAAUACAUUCGGACGGAAAAGGCGCGAUACUACUGGAUCCUUUCCUGGACCGAUCCGACGACCGCUGAUGCAAAGUAUUGGACGGACUUGCAGGAAAAGACGCCAACGGAGUGGCUGGAGAUGGCGAAGACUGUUGUCGCGGAUAUGCACCCCGAUUUCAAGGAGAUUGUGGAGAAACAGGAUCCGGCUCAGAUGUUGCCGCCUUUCCCUGUCCGCGAUCAGAUUCCCGCACCACUCCCCGCUGGCAACGUGACGCUUAUCGGGGAUGCUUUCCACCCAAUGACUUUCUUCCGAGGCGAAGGCGCCCAACAAGCCCUCAAGGACGCCCUCGAAGUAGCCAAAGCCCUCAACACGUCCAUCUCCCUCGCCUACGGCAUGUCCAUCAAGCCACAAACCCCCGACUUCAGCGCCGCCCUCAAGACCUACGAGGACGCUAGCAUGGACCGGAUUACAUCGGCGGUUCUGAGGUCUCGUGAAGCUGCGACGGAUUACAAGUUUAGCCUGCCGGGACCGCCGAAGGGUGAGAAGGGUGGGAAGGGUGGACCUGGUGGACCUGGUGGACCGCAGGGCAAACCUGUUCAAGCCGGCCCUAAGUAG